CUUUGUUCCAAUUUAAACGCUGCCGGUUACCAGCUGCUCAUACUGUGCAAGGAUGGCAAUGGUAAAGGGACUCCUCUUCAGACAGCUGUUUGAGUCAGAGAGCUCCACAUAUACCUACCUUCUGGCAGACGCAGACACCAAGGAGGCUGUCAUUAUUGAUCCUGUGCUGGAGACCAUUGACAGGGACCUGAAAUUCGUAAGCGAACUUGGACUCAAACUGACAGUGGCAGUUAACACCCACUGCCAUGCAGACCACAUAACAAGCACAGGACCAAUGAAGAAAAGAGUACCUGGACUGAAGAGUGCCAUCUCCAAACUCAGUGGUGCAUCUGCUGAUAUCCACUUAACAGAAGGAGACAAGAUCCCCUUUGGAAGACACUGCCUGAUUGUGAGAGAGACACCAGGACACACUGAUGGGUGUAUAACCCUGGUAACUGGGGAUCAGACUAUGGCUUUCACUGGUGAUGCUCUUCUCAUUAGAGGCUGUGGCAGGACUGACUUCCAGCAGGGUUGUGCCAAAAGGCUUUACAAGUCAGUCCAUGAGAAGAUCUUCACCCUGCCUGAUGAGUGCCUCCUCUACCCAGCACAUGACUACUUAGGUCGGAUGGCUUCGUCAGUCGGCGAGGAGCGCAAGUUUAAUCCACGCCUAACAAAGACCAUGGAGGAGUUUGCAGAUAUCAUGAACAACCUGAACCUCCCCAAUCCCAAAAAAAUGGCAACUGCAGUGCCUGCUAAUCUGGUUUGUGGACUGCAAGACUAAAAGUGUGGACUGAAUGUGCUCGACAAGAGGAUAAUAAUGAAAACACAUAAUUGUAGAGUAAUUAACAUUUGCAUCUCUAUUUUGGGGGAAAUUGGUCAAAAUGUUUACUAUAAAGCGCUUUUUAAUGAUUCUGUGUGGUAUAUAUAUAUAAGGUAUAUACUUGAAUUGCUAUUUCAAUACAUUUUAAAUAUCUCUAUGUAAGAAAAAACGUUAAUAGAGUUUGUUGAAUCUAAGCAAAUUUUUCAGAUGAUUUGUUAUGAAUUACUUAUGAGCAGGAAUGUUCAUAUCGGAGCAUUCUCCUCAAGGUUAGGUUAGUAUUCAUGAAAGCUUCUGUGCAGGAAAGGUCUUUUUUGCAUAGCAGGAAAUAACAGCUUACUAUGAAAACUUUGUAACUUGGUUUAGAUUCUGUUAAAUAAAUAAUGACACUGAGUGAUAUGUCAUGUUGUGUUGAUCAUCUGAGGUUAUAUUUCAUCUACUUUCAUGAACUCUUAGAGAUCAGAUAAUUAUAAUGUGAUAUGUAAAAGCUUAGAAUUGAAAGAUGGUGUACUUUUUCAUGUUGUUCAGUUGGAUUUCAAUCAUUAAGUAAUUUAGAAAAAAACUUUUUUAAUAUUAUUUUUUAAUUACUAUUAUUUUGUUUUUCAUAGCAACUGUUCCCCACAGGUAUGUGGUGAUGCCACACUUUCUCAGUUUAAUGCUCAUGAUGGCUCAUCCUAUGGGUGUGUGUGAAGGAGUUUUAAAACAAAGCUGUUAUUGUGUAAAUGGCACCACAUUUUAUAGACCUUUAAAAUAAAAUCUCAUACAUAUUAAAAUCAGCCUUCAACAAAUGUUUUAGAGUCUCUUUCAUGCAAACUUGGUGAUAGACACACAUAUCUACACUUUGUGUUACCUUUAAAAUACUAAAAGAAAACGCCUCUCUUGGACUUUCUGGAUUUAAUGAACUAUUCUGUGGCCACCUUACUGGUUCCUGUUAUGACUACUAUUGUGUAAACAGGGUCUGUUAAAGUUUUAAAUUCUUUUAA